UUACGAUAUGUUUACAAUUUUUGGGGUUUAGCGUAAGGCGUACCCCGUAUCUCCUAGUCCGAAUGUAUACCGUAUAUAUACUAUACGGUCGAGAAAGAAUUGAAUGUUAAACUGUAUCGACUGACGACGUACGGUCGUGUGGUCAGCCGUACAUCGUUCUUUAUGCGACCGUGGUGUCUGCGAGAAACGAUUAGAUAAGGUUCUUACGGUUCAUAGUGCGGCGAAGAUGCAGAGCUCAUAAGAGCGGAGAAUCGACGGCUUCGUCCUCAGUUCACCCGGUGUGUGCAUUACAGAGGAGGCAAUCAUCGCUUAUUUGUUACAUGUAUAUACCAUAUUAUUCUCGGUCGAUUUUAUCGCUCCAUAAUUCGCGCCGCAUAUAAUUGAUAUAUAUAUAUACGUAUAUAUAAAUAUAUAUGUGGGUCCGCGAGUGUUGCAGUGGUGGUUACAAUCGGUAAAUCUCGAAGUAUCGUUCGCCGAGUUGCUCGGAAAAAUUCCAAUUCUCACUUCCUGUUUCCUCCUGUACUUAUUUAUUUAUCGUUAUUAUUAUUCGUCAAUUUUAUUUUCGUUCGACGAGAAACGAAAGGGGGAGAUCUCUGAGACGGUAUCCCUCUUUAUUUACCCGCAUGGACGAAGCGCGGGGCGGCCGAUUAUUCCCCUUGAACAAUAACAUUUGUAUACGAUUAUCUGAAAAGUGCGACCUCUGAUAUUGCUUAAAAAUAGACUGUUUGCCGUCUCCGUUACGAGAUAAAACGAAUAAACAAAAUACAAGUAAAAUUCAGGUAUGACGGGUGAACUUCGUUCGAACUAUUCGACGACACCUUGAAACUAACCACCCUGCGAAUUAAUACUCGGGACGGGAAAUUCAAAUCGCUAAAAUUAUCCAACCGAAAUCCACGAACAAAAUGCCUUCCUGCGGCAGCGACAAUGUCUCAAGAUUUUGGGCUUCGAGUCCGCCGAUUUCUCGACGAAACAGCACCGCGUCUCCACCGUCGCCAGGAUCACCGUUGUCUACCUCGCCCCCGGACACAUCCUCUAUGCUGGGUCUGAAACGUUCGACCUCCUCGGUUUCCAACGUAUCGAGCGUGUCGGCGUCAUCCGGUCUCUCGGGCAUCUCCAAUACUCAAACAACGAUAUUUACCGCGAAACGUCCUUCCCAUGGAAACGAGGCGAAACCGGACAACGACGAGCGGAGAUCAUCCGCCCAAGAGACGAGUCGCCCCCAAAAUCGUCCUCCCCUUCCGAUCAGGAUCGUCGGCUGGUACUUCGGAUUGUUAACCGGAGGAAUCUACGCCGUAUGCAACCUGAUCGGUUACAUAAUCUGGGCUCCGGCGCUGUGGGCAUCGACGUCGCUCUGCUUGUUAUGGGUGAUCCUCCAGCUGCCCUUGAUAACGAUCAAGUGGUUCAUAACCGUGCUGCACACACCGGUCUCCGAACGUGUCCGACAAAAACGUUGCGUACUGAUCAGCGGCGGUAGUACCGUUCAGGCGGUUCAUCUGGCCAGGAACUUCUACAAGGCCGGUGCUCGCGUGGUGGUCUGUGAAAUCGACGGCCUCUUCGGAUUGGCGAGAUUUUCGACGGCCUGUUCGCGUUUCUACACCCUGCCGAGACCCGGUCCGGACAGCGCCGUCCAAUACGUAAAAGCCCUGCGAGAUAUCGUGCAAAAGGAGAAACCCUCCUACUACAUACCGGUGAGUGCGUCGACCACCGCCUACUACGACACCUUGGCGAAACCGCAUCUCGAAGCGAUGGGGUGCGAGUGUUUCGUACCGGGUGCUGCCGAGGUCACGACCUUGGACGACCCCUUGGAAUUAUUGAGGAGAUGCCGAGCCGUAGGUCUACCGACGCCGUCUCACGUCGUCCUCAGAUCGGUAUCGGACGUUUCGAAUCUCUACGAGAGAGGAACUCUGAGAAACGGAAGGAACGUCAUGCUGGCCGCCGGUCCGGCCGGAAUGAGGGACAGAGCCAAGGUCGUACUGCCGCCAACGGUAAGGGACUUUAUCAGCGAAAACGCGAAGCACGAGAUCAGCGACAAACGUCCCUGGGUGGUGAUACGCGAGUCCGGCGGCACGCACUAUCUGACUUGCACGACCGUCAAGGACUCGAAGGUGGUGGCCAACGUCACCUGCCGCGUCGACGAACACCGCGGAUUGAUACCCGAGGACAACGCGGAGGUAUCGCGGUGGCUCGAUCGUUUCUUCACCAGGUCGCCAGGCGGCCACAAGAUAUCCGGUCAUCUCAGCUUCCGGCUCAACAAGUCCGAAUCCGAUAACGAUCUGGUAGCGAUCGGAUGUCGCGUCGGUGUUUCCCUGCCCUACAUUUGUCACAAUGGCGUCCACGCCAGACUGGUUUGGCGACCGUGCAGACAUUUCUCGAGGCAAAAUUCCGAACAAUUCGUGAACGGUGGGGACAGACAGAAUAUUCACCUGCAGAAGACCGUCGCGAACGCCCUGAAAAGGCCGUCCCCCGAUAUUUCCGCCCAUUUACUGGGAACGGUACUCGACAAAAGGGAAGCCCUUUUCGUUUACUGGGACCCUCUGCCUUACUGCGCCUAUUAUCAUUUCCAACUACCCUUCAGGCGCAUCGCUGGUAUUAUAAGGGCGCAACCCACGGGGCAACACGCGCAACCUUUGGCAUUGGUGCAUUGAGGAGAGGGAGAGAGAAUUGAGAAAGACUCGCUAUAUCGAGACGCGUUCAGAGCGGAUCGAUGUGAGUUGAAAAACUUUUAUUAGUAAAAAUUGUUGAAUUCGGAGUACCGUUGCAAUUUUUUCCCGUAUAAAAAAAAAAAAAAAACCUGAGGCUGUACAGGUGUCGUUUCUUUGUAUUAAUUGAUUUUAUCAUUUGUAAAUAUUAAUUUACGCAUACAUACCUAUAAUAUAUAUAUACAUACAUAAUACAUAUAGACGUUAAUCAGUAUAUAUAUUGUAAGAAAAUAUACGAUACGGAUUAUAGAGAUGAUACUGAGGUAAUUAUUGUAUCAAUUUCGCAAAAGGUUGUACAAAAGGUUGUAUGCCAGUGAUCUGUGUGUUUGUGUGUAAAUCGUAAUAUGAGAUAACAUGUAAUCGAUUUUUAUUAAUUUUUUGUUUUGUUUUUUUUUUUUUUUCUUUUUGUUUUUUUGUUUUUUUUCAUCGGCGUAUAAUAUUAAUAAUGUAUUUGAAAAAAAAAAAUACGUGCAUGUACAUACACACGAUCUCGGUAUAUUGGAGAAAUAACAAACAACGAAAAGAAACAAGCAAAAGAGAAAAAAUAUCUCCCUCAAGUUUGGACUUUCGAUUACAUUAUCGGAGUAUAUAUAUAUACUGGAAAUUAUUGCAGGGUGUUAUGCAACGUUUCGAAGAUAAUCUUUGGAAAAAAAGGAAAGUAUUCUGCAAUAUACAUGGAUCUGUAUAUGGAAAUGAUGUGUACGUGCAUACCUAUAUAUUUUUUCUCUUUAUUACGAGAAAAAAUAUAUACAUAUCACGCGAAAAUUUCUAUAUAAUCAAUCUAAAUGCAAAGUUCCCCGAUUGUAUGAAUGGCAUAACGCAAAUAAUAAUCUUAUAUUGCGACUAAAAUAACUUUUAUAAAUUUUAUAAACACGUACACAUAUAUAUAUAUAUAUAUAUAUACGUUUAUAUAUUACUAUAUUUUAAAAUUAAAACAGCGACCGAUGCAUGCACAAAUAAUUGUAAGAAUAAUCCCCCCCCCUCCCCCCCCCCUCCAACCAAUGCGCGUCGCAAACUAUAUACAAGACAUAAUAAUUUUAUAGUUUACAACAAUCAUCUUCGCUCAGCAAAUGAAUAAUUCUUUAUGUGUAAUAAAUAUUCUAUCAUAGUUGAGAUAAAUAACCAUUUCUUUAUUUAUAAUAGACUUACACUUUUUAUAAUGUAUUUAUACAAUGUCGUGUGCUCGUGUGUGUGUGUGUGUGUGUGUGUGUGUGUAAAAUUAUAAGUUGAGAUUGAGAUUGUUUUAAAAUUAGCGUGUUUGACCAAAGGCAACUAGAUGUUUUCAUAAUAAACGAAGAAAUUCUAAUAA